AUGUCUCUCCCCAAGGCGAAUAUCUCUUUUGUCAUCCCAAGCACUCACGAUGACCUCGAGCUCGACUGCCGACUAUACUAUCCGAGGAGAACAGAUGGCAAUGUUCAAUCCCUGGGCAGGGCCUUUGCCAUCCUAGCACAUCCCUACGCACCGCUGGGGGGAUCCUAUGAUGAUCCCGUAGUAGGUCUGGCUGGCAGUGUCCUGCUCCAGUAUGGGUGCAUUUUAGCAACGUUCAACUUCAGGGGUGCCUCUGGUUCAGCAGGUCGAACAUCAUGGUCUGGAAAGGCAGAGCUGGCAGACUAUGUCUCGGUCUACGGAUUUAUGCUGUGUUACAUCGAUGCACUUUACCGAUCCCAAGAAGGAGAGGGAGGCUGCAGUGAUGUCUCGGGAAGGGCAUCGACACCGCCUCCUCUGCUCGUUCUCGGCGGCUACUCCUAUGGGGCCAUGGUCGCCUCACACCUGCCAUCCAUCGAAGUGGUUGCAGAUCUGUUCGAGUCGCCAACGGCGGGGUCGGCAGAGAGUGAAAUCAAGCUUCGCGCAUUGGACUUGUCUAGAGAUGCGAAUGCUUACUUGACUGUCCAUAAUUCAAGCAGCACCACAUUAUCCCCAUCCGGAACCGGGAGUGGCCAGCGACAACAAGGACAAAGUCCUGGUCGUGCUGUAACUGCCGGCGGUUAUGAAUCCGAUGCUGCCAGCCGACGAGUCAGCCGGGAGUCCUCCAGGAGGAGUGUGGAUGGCGAAAGGUUUAGGCAAAGUAUGGACAAGGUUCGUCAAAAAUUCAGGUCUCGCGGUCAAGCUGGUCACAUCAUCGCAUCGCAAUCAGAACGCGAACCCGAACUGGCUGAAAAGGUCUUGCUAAGACCUUCUGUGGCUUAUGUUCUGAUAUCGCCAUUGUUACCACCGAUUGCUGGGUUCACGACCAUGUUCUCGACGCUCAGAUUCACGCCCAAAGGCCGAAGGACUGGACCGUCACCGGAGGAGUAUCAUGAGCUUACAGUUCACCCUUGCUGUUGUUUAUUUGGAAGCAAAGAUGUCUUUACUACGGAUGCAAAGUUGCAGCGGUGGGCGCAGGACUUGCGUUCUCGAUCCCGGUCACAGUUCACGAUCGUGAGGGUAGAUACAGGGCACUUCUGGCGUGAGCGGGCAGCUUUGGAGCAGCUACGGCAGGGCUUGCGGGAGUGGCUGCGGACGCUGACGCCGAACCACGAGGACGGCAAUCAACAACUAUAG